AAAAAUAAAUAAAAAAAAAUAAAAUAAAAAUAAUAAUGUUUUCCAUACACAUUAUACACAACAUAAUUGUUAAGUUUCAUAUAUAUUCUGACUGCACUCUUAGCGGAUGGCAUUAAAGUUAAAGUGAACGUCGCAUUUGGUUGCCCAGCCCAGGGACAAACGCUAUGUACUCCGAGCAUAAUGUAUACUAUGCAUAUAGGAGGGCUCGAAAAAAGUUUUCCGUGAAAACGUAUUUAUUGUUGGUCCUAUGGCUAAUCCUGGCAUUGGUGCAGUGGGUGGUGAUCUGUCUAGUCGAAUCUAUGAGGGACAUAUUCCGGAAGCACUAUUACAUCAGCAUUGCGGCUUUUCUGAUCGCCAUUCUGCUCUUCGCUCUGUUUCUGUUCUUUGAAAACCUGCGUUUCAAUAAUGUGGUGGGCUUCAUAAUGUCUUUUUUCAUUGUAGAACUACAAAUCAUUGCGACAUUCGCGCUGGUCGCCCGCGUCUAUUGGGCGGAAAUGCUCAUGUACUUUUGUAUUUGCGCCCUGCUCGUGUUCAUCUUCGCAGCCAUAGGCAUUGCCUUGCCCAGGAAGAUGGACCUCACGCUCCAUGUGGCUCUGCUGUUCAUUCUGGCCUUUCUCUUCUUGCUCAUCGCCGUCUUCUUCCUUAUGCUGCAUCUGAUCGUGCCUGAGUGCGAGACCUAUGCGUAUGUACUCGUCCAGAUACCCAUCUCCAUAACUAUGUUGUUUUUUGUCAUGUAUCAUGCGCAAACGAUUCACGGGCGGCGCUUCGCGGAGAUGCGACUGCAUGAUUAUUGCCUUGGAUCGCUGAUCCUGUUCCAUGACUUCCUUAUCAUAUAUUGGCUCACAAUAUACUGGCAGGUUUGUGCCAGACUGGUCACGCCCUCUGAUUGGAGCACGACCGUAGCUAAAACGACUGCUGGUGUUAAGAUUUUAGAUCUUGGAGAUGACGAUAUGGAUUACGAGAAUAAACAGUUGUUUAUGCCGAAAAUCAUAAAACAGCUCAGACAGACGUCACCUUUCGAGACAAAUGAUAAGCCGCUAACCCUCGAUUUUUUGCAGGAUGACAAUAAACGCUUUACAAGCGCUCUUAAAGACAAAAACUGGGAUAAUAUAUGGAUGUCUGAGUCAAAGAAGAAUCCUGCUGAGAAUUCUCCAGCACGUGACAAAGAGAUAUUAGAUGCGAAUAUCGAAGAGCCCGCCGGAAGCCCAAACAACCAAAGGGACAAUGCAAGUCCAGCAAACGAUGCCGACUACUUGAGUGCAGCAGAUAAACCCUCGACAGCUGAAUAUAUUUUCGAUGAAUGAGGAAUUACAUGAAAAUGAGGCAGAAAAUAAAUGAAACGAAAUGAUAAGGAAAAA